GGAGAAGAAAAACGAAGCAAACGAAGAAGAAGAAAUACGGAAGUAGUUCGCGUCAGAGUGAGAAAAUAAACUAAUUUAACGGAUUAAAUGUUUACAGGAUGAAUUCGGCAGUGGCCAUGAGUUUGACGUGUCCCGGUCUGUACUGCGGUCGGAUCACGGUGAACGGAUCUGUGGAGGGAGAGUGUGGUGUUUGUCCUCGAGGAGAACGGGCCAACAUCCAGAAGGUUUGUGAACGCUGCACCGAGUCCCCCGAGCUCUACGACUGGCUCUACCUGGGCUUCAUGGCCAUGCUGCCGCUGGUCCUGCACUGGUUCUUCAUCGAGUGGUUCUCCGGGAAGAAGAGCUCCAGCGCCCUGCUGCAGCACGUCACCGCCAUGUUGGAGUGCGGCGUGUCGGCGGUGGUCACUCUGCUGCUCACCGACCCGAUGGGGAACCUCAGCAUCCGGUCCUGCCAGGUCAAGGAGCUGUCGGACUGGUACACCAUGCUGUACAACCCGAGCCCGGACUACAUCAACACUCUGCACUGCACGCAGGAGGCCGUGUACCCGCUUUACACCAUCGUGCUGAUCUACUACGCCUUCUGCCUGGUGAUGAUGAUGAUGCUCCGCCCCCUGCUGGUGAAGAGGAUCGCGUGUGGCCUGGGGAAGUCGGACCGCUUCAGGAGCAUCUAYGCCGCGCUCUACUUCUUCCCCAUCAUCACCGUACUGCAGGCCGUGGGCGGCGGGCUGCUGUACUACGCCUUCCCCUACAUCAUACUGGUCCUGUCACUCAUCACUCUGGCCAUCUACAUGUCAGCCUCUGAGAUUCAGUCCUUUAAGACCCUGGUGGCGAAGAAGAAGCGUCUGGUGGUCCUGUUCAGCCACUGGCUGCUCCACGCGUACGGCAUCAUCUCCAUCUCCCUGCUGGACAAGCUGGAGCUGUCGCUGCCGCUGCUCGUCCUGGUGCCGGGACCGACCCUGUUCUACAUCGCCACGGCCAAGUUCACCGAGCCGAGCCGCAUCCUGUCGGAGGGCGGCAGCGGGCACUGAGCGCCACGAGGAGGAGGAGGAGAACAAGAUCUUCAUCGUCCUGUUUGACUUAUUUAUUAUUGUUUUAAAGGUGUGUAAAUAUUGUAAAUAUGAUAUCAGCUGGUCCUGUUCACCAGUUUGCUGCUAAACGUGUUUAUUUAAACGUUUGUAAAUGUCUGAAUGUGUUACUUCAAAUAAACAUUGCACGUCUCACACAUAAA